UGCCCUGCCCUCCCCCGCGGGGGAGGCUCGGACCCCCCGGCGCUGCCGACCGCGGCUGGAGCCGGCCCGGCGGGGAGCCCCGAGAGCCAGCGGCCGCGGGCGCGGGGCGAGCCUCAGAUGCGGCUGUCACACAACCCCGGCCGGGCUAUUUAAAGUAACGGGCCCCGCCGGACACUGGUGUCUCUGCCUAUUUAUGAGCCCCCGGGAGCCGGCGGGCGCCGCCGGGCAGCGCUAGGAGCCGAGGCCGCCGGGAGCAGCGCCGGGGCCCGCCCGGAGCAUGACGGCGAUCCGGGCGCUGCUGCUCUGCCUCUGCCUGGGGCUGCCGGCGGGCGGGCAGCCCUUCCUGCGCCUGCGACCCUCGCCCAGCGACAACCUGCCCGUCAAGGACAUCGUGGAGCACCCGGACCCCGAGUACGACCCCAAGGAGCAGGACCUGGACGAGAGGACGCUGAGGAAGAAGCUGGGCAGCCAUUUCGACCCCGGCUUCAUGGCCGUGGCCGUGCCGGGGCCGGCCAACGCCUCGGGCGCCGCGGCGGCGGCGGGGCGGGGGCGGGCGGCGCUGCCGGCCGAGCUGCGGCGGCUGGAGCUGGGGCCGCCCCGGGGCCCGCGCUUGCGGCUGGGCAAGAAGGCGCGGCGGAAGGUGCUGCAGUGGCUGUGGGCGCACACCCACUGCCCCGUCUUCUACGCCUGGAAGGACCUGGGGGUGCGCUUCUGGCCGCGCUACAUCAAGGAGGGCAACUGCCUGGCCGAGAAGUCCUGCUCGCUGCCCGAGGGCAUGUUCUGCAAGCCCGUCAAGUCGGUCACCAAGACCUUCCUGCGCUGGCACUGCCAGGGCUGGUCCAGUCAGAAGUACUGCACCUGGAUCCCCGUGCAGUACCCGCUCAUCUCCGAGUGCAAGUGCUCCUGCUAAGCCGGCCCGGUCCCUUGCACUGCCGCCCUCCUCCUCCGGAUCACUUUAGCGGAGGGGCGGGGGGGAGGUUUUUCGGGUGUUUUUUUUGGUGUUUUUUUUUU